AUGUCGCACCCGUCCUCCCUCUAUUUGGAUCUCUUGGCUCGGAGAGCUCCCGAGCCAAUUGGUAGUCGACCCGACCGCCUCACUCGUCGAUCUCCGUUCAAAGAGCUCCUCGCUCCCCCUAUCCACCAAGUGACGGACUGA